AUGAUUCCCGUCGGAGCCCUGACCUCCUCCUUCUCAUUGGAGGGUCACCCGGACCUCAAGAUCCUUCAGCCCUGGUGGGACGUGUUGUGCGACAUGCUCUCUGUGCCCAUGUUCAUGAUCGGCAUCUUUGCCGGGAUGCUGCAGAACAUGAACGAGCGCAUUCUGUGCGUGCCGGUGCCGAGAGGCUUCGACGUGGAUCUGAAGGAGUGGAACGAGACCGUCCUGAGGACGCUCGUGGCCAACCCCAGGGCUCACACGGUGAGAUUCCCCCUCGGGCCGGCUCGGAACUUCUGGUUCAGGUUCCCGGAGACGAGCUCCAAGAUCGAGCACUUUGUGUGCGUGCUGGGUAAGUGCAUGGACUCGCAGUGGACCACGCACGCCGUGCACGAAGCCGCACUGGACGGGUUGGCGUCAGCGGCGGCGCUGCAGCCGCCAGCGCCGCCCGCCACACGACCCGAGAUCCGACGAACUCCCCGCCGUGGAGAAGCUGCCUUCGGAGUCUCCGCCGCCGCCGGCACCGCCGCGGCCCUCCGUCCGAUUCGUCGACCCCCGGCGACGGCCGCCACGCCCCCCGACCGGCCCCCCCCGGAGCAGAACGAGGGCCGGCGGACGCCGCUCAAGGAGUACAGCUUCGCGGAGGCGCGCCAGGAGACGGGGGUGGAGGACAUUCCGGACGUGCGCAACGACUUUGCCUUCCUCCUGCACCUGGUGGACAAGUACGACCCCUGCUACGCGUGCAAGUUCUCUGUCUUCCUGUCCGAGGUGAGGAGAAGCCGCUCGCAGAGCGCCGCACGUUCGACGGAGCCGACCGCGCCGAUCGGACAAGGACAACAAACUCUCAAGAGCAAUGUGGUCAGCUUCGACUGCCACAUCAGCCGCUACGCCAAGAUUUGCACGGAGCUGCGGAAAGAGGUGGCCGACCUGAAGGUGAAGCUGCAAGUGUACGAAUCGGGGCCCCCCCCGCCUCACACGCCCCCUGCGGCAAUCGUCCACAGCGCCGCUCCGACUGCCGAGCAUCUUGACCGGCUGCGCUCGCUGCUCGGCGGCGUGCUGGAGGAGCGCCGCUCGGUCCGCCAGGAGCUGCUGCACGUGGACUCGCAGCUCAAGGAGAUGGCGCUGAGGAGCCACCAGCGGGAGCGCGACCAGGCCCGCGUGUGCCUGCUCUGCGACGACCACCGCACCGUCGACAAGGCGACGGGCCGGCUGGAGCGGUGCACGGCGGCGGCUCGCGCACGGCGGGAGCACAUGGAGGAGCGGCGGCGCGCCGUGGAGACGCGGCUCAAGGACAACACGGAGCGGCUCAGGGCGCGGGUCGCGGAGGCCGUGCUGCCCUCGGACGGGCACGACGUCGCCCUCUCGCAGUUGCUGGCUCUGGGCGUGAGCGGCAUGCAGCACGAGCAGGAGGCGGGGGGCCUGCGCGAGUGCCUGCAGCACGCCGGGCGGCUCGCUCGACUGCACGACACGGACCGCCAGCACACGGAGCGGCUCGUGACGGCGCUGCUGCGGGUGGUGCACAAGCAGCACGGCUUGCUGGCGUCGGCCGGCCUGGCGGGCGCCGAGGAGAACGCCGACGUGGACGAGGUGGUGCGCCUGGUGCGGCGCGAGCGCGCCGUCGUGUGGGCCGACACGGCCGCGGCCGUCGACGGGGACGCGAGCCGCGACGGGGAGGGGGAAGGCGGCGACGCGGAGGCCGCCUGCGACGGCAGCGUGCGCAGCGUUGUGGAGUUCACCUUGCCGGGGUUGGUCGCGCUGCCGGCGCUCGACGCCGGGGAAACGGCGGCGGCGGCGGCGGUCGCGCCGGUCUGCCGGGACGCACCGCCCGCGGGAGCCGCACCAUCCCGGCUCCCGGCUCCGCCCGGCCCCCCGGCUCCGUCUCCGCCGGCCGUCCCCUCGGGCUCGGCGCGCGGGCGCAAGCGGCAGCAGCCGACGGAGACUCCGGCGCGCGUCGCCGUCGCCGCGGCGGCGGCUGCAGCGCCGGCUCGCACGCCCGACGUGGCCCCGGCGGUGAAGCGGGCGAAGCGCGCCGUGCUGCAGGACCCCGAGCGCCAGCACGGCGUCCGGGGGAAGGCGCCGGCGCCGCGUCGAGCGGACGCGGAGAGCGACGUGGAGGACGGCGUCUUCCCGCUGCGGCCGGAGCUCGACACGAGCGGCGGCUACGGCGGCUACGGUGGCGGUGGUGGCGGCUACGGUGCCGCCGGCGCGAACUUCACCUUCGCGGGCGAGGGGGGCGGGAGGGCGCCGCUCGACACGACGAUGACGCUGGGGGGCGACGACGACGACGAGAUGGACGCGGAGCGGGGCCCGGGCGGCGAUGGUCUGCCGCAGUUGGGAACCGGAAUCCUGCGCCGGCUGAGGCUGCCGGUGCUGGGAGAGGCAGAAGGGAACGCCUCCCAGAGCGAUAGGAGCAUCAGCAUCAACAGCAGCAUCAGCAGCAGCAUCAGCAGCAGCAGCAUCAGCAGCAAGCCGGGCUACAUGGCGCUCACCACAGCCGCCCAGGGCAAGCGGAUGCAGAGCAGCAGGUCCGUGUCGACGUCGGUGCUGCGGGAGACGAACCACGCGCUGCGCGACGUCUCCGCCGCAGCUCAGCGCAUCCCCGUCGAGACGCAGCCUGCCAAGCAGCCCCUACGCCUCUUCAAGUUCAGCGGCAUCGGCGCCCCGCCGCCCGGCGCUCCGAGCGCGAUGUCCCGGAGCCGCUCCAUGGGCAGCCUGGCGGUGCCGAGCCAAGGCCGGCGGAAGCCAUCCUCUUUCCUCUUCAACCUGCAGAGGCGCAGCAAGUUCGGCAAGUGACGGCGUCGCCCGCUCGUCCGCCGUGCCCCGGCCGCCCCGGUUGUUGGAACGGCGCGGAAGCGGCGGCGGGUCGUCUCGGCACGAGAGUUCGCGCCGCCGUGCGUGCGCGCGUCAUGCGCCCAGCGGUCUACUCACCGACCGCCCACUAACUCACCCACCAACCCACCCACCUACCCACCGACCACUAACUCGCCCACCCACCUACAGACCUACGGCCUACUAACUCACCCACCCACCCACCUACCCACCGACCACAAACUCACCCACCCACCUACAGACCCACUGCCCACUAACUCACCCACCCACCUACAGACCCACCGCCCACUAACUCACCUACCCACCCACCCACCUACCCACCGACCACUAACUCACCCACUCACCUACAGACCCACCCAACUUCCCACCUCCCACUAACUCCCCCACCCACGGCCCACUAGCUCACCAACCCAAACUACAGACCCACCCACCUUCCCACUGCCCACGAACUCACCCACCCACCUACCCACCGACACACCCACCUACCCACCGACCACUAACUCACCCACCCACCUACAGACCCACCGCCCAAUAGCUCACCCACCUAAAGACCCACCCAACUUCUCACCGCCCACGCACUCCCCCACCCACCUACAGACCCACCGCCCACUAACUCACCCACCCACCUACAGACCCACCGCCCACUAACCCACCCACCCACGGCCCCACUGACUCAACGCAGCCGUCCGCGAGUGGGACACGGGGCACAGUGGGGGGGGAGGGAGAGGAGGGAGGGGGGGGUAACCGCUUGCUUGUGUGGGUGGAGCGUUGCAUCAGGGACCCUGACUCCCCGCGCCCCGCUUGCUUGCAGAUCGGGCCGCGACGCACCGCACUCGCCUGAUGAUUGGUAGUCGUAGAAGUCCAACACUGGGCCUUCUCGCUUGUGUGUGGGGGGGGGGGGCGCAGGAAGGUGGGGAAGGAGGGGAAUUCCCACCCCCGCCACGUGACUGCACUUUGAGCCCCCCACGUGUCUCGUCUUAGCGUGAGUCCACCUCGAGUCCCCCAUGAGUCUCCCACGAGUCCCCCUCUCCCCGAAUGUUUACACUUCGACCCUCGCCGCGCUCGCCCCCCCGCCGGAGGCCGAGGGGGACGUGGCGGUCCUGGCCGCCGCCGCCGCCGGCGUGCGCCGCGCCGUGAUCUCUGGCGCCUGCGGUUGCACCAUGCCAGCGGACUUUGCCGCGUCUGAGCCGCCACCCACCCACCC